AUGACGAGCGCGUUUCACUCGCAGCAGCUUCCGCCCAGCGGCAUCUCCCACGCCGUUUGCCUCGCGCUAUCCUCGCCGCUACCGGCUCGGUCCGGUGCCGCUGCCGCUGCCGCCGCUGCCAUCAAGCCAUGGCUGGCCCACCGCGGCCAGCCGCUCUGCCAGCUCGUGACCGCCAGAGAUGACCUGCUGCGGAUCUACGACGUGCGCCAGCAGACCCCGUCGGCGUCGUCCGAUGCUGCCCUCCAAGACGCAGACGGUGCCCGCCUCUUUCUCGUCCGCGAGCACCGCAUCUUUGGCAGCAUCACCGGGCUGCAGUCGGUCUCGACGCCCGAGACCGAGGCCGACGGUCGCCAGAGGCUGCUCGUCUCGUUCAAGGACGCAAAGCUGGCCCUGCUCGAGUGGUCGGACCGCACCAGCGAUCUGGAAACUGUCUCGAUCCACACCUACGAGAGGGCACCACAGCUCUCGCAGGGAUUACCCUCGACCUUCAACCAGACCCUCGCCGUCGACCCGGCGUCGCGCUGUGCAGCCCUGCUGCUGCCCCAGGACGCCAUCGCGGUGCUCCCCUUUUACCAGGACAUGUCCGACCUCGACUUCUACGACAUCGAUCAGGGCACCGACGGCGUCGACGUCGACCCCAUCGAGACCCUCCCCUACUCGCCCUCGUUUGUCCUCGCCUUCCAAGAGGUCGACGCAAAGAUCAGAGACGUAAAGGACUUCUGCUUCCUGCCCGGAUUUCAGAAGCCCACCGUCGCGAUCCUCUUUGAGCAGCCGCGGACGUGGACUGGCCGACUCAAGCUGACCAAGGACACCCACACCGUCUACAUCUUCACGCUGGAUCUCACCGCGUCGAUGGCCGGACAGGUGGCUGGCGUCGGUGGAGGAGUCGACGGCGAUGCAGGUCUGCAAACUGUCCACCCCAUCCUGACCACAAGCACCGACCUCCCCUACGAUUGCCUCUACCUCGUCUCUUGCCCCGCAAAGCUAGGCGGCGUCAUGGUGGUCGGCACCUCGUCCAUCCUCCACGUCGACCAGAGCGGCAGGGCGGUGGCGACGGCCAUCAACGACUGGGCGCCGCUCAUGUCGGGCGCGACGGCGGCCGAGUCGACGUGCGAGGUCGAGGGCGUGAUCGACCUGCAUGGAUCCCAGCUCGUCUUUGUCGACGCGACCGAGGGCAUCCUCACUCUCCGAGACGGCACGUUCUGCAAGUUUUCCUGCCUCAUGGACGGUAGGAGCGUCGGAGGCAUCAGGCUCGAGAGGAUCACUGCUCCAUCGACGACCGAGGGAGGAGACGACGAGGUCAACGUGCAGGCAGCGGCGCCGAGCGUGUCCCUCGUGCUGCCCACAGAACAGCCUUUCCUGUUCAACGCGUCGAUGGUCGGGGAAUCCACCCUCUUCCGCUGUGCCAAAGCCAACAAGCGCAUCGACAGGGGCGAAGCCGAGGCUGGUGUCAAGGACGAGGAGCACGACAAGGCCGCAGACGAGAUGGACCUCGAUCUGGACGAUGACCUCUACGGCGACUCUGGCAAGCUCGACGCCAAGGCCGAGGUGUCUUCCUCGAGCGCCGCCUUCAAGCAGGUGUUGCGGCUGACGCCUAUCGACAGCCUCGCCGCCCACGGCCCCAUCCUGCAUCUGUCAACCAGGCAGGCGGCUUUCGACGAUGGCGAGAGCUCUGGUAGCCGCAAGCAGAUUGUUGCGUGCACCGGCUUCGGCACUGGAGCUGGGUUGACCUACUUUGAGUCGACCUUGGCGCCGCGGAAGAAGCGGCGCUUGGACACGAGGCCAUCGGAGAGCAUCUGGAGCGUCGGGAUGCUGCAGGAUGCCGCUGUGUCUGCUCAAGACCGACGAGCAAGCCUUCUCUGCAGCGCCGAAGACGAGGACGUUUCCGAGCUCGUCCAGCUCGAUCGCGACGGCAGCAGCGUCGAUCUCCGAGAACUUCCCGGGCGCACGCUCGCCGCCGGUCCGCUCCGCGGUGCCGGCGCACGCUGGGCGAGGAUCACAGCGUCCGGGCUGCAUGUCCUCGAAGCAGAUGGCUCUGAUGUGCAGACGGUGGCAAUCGACGAGGCAGAUGUCGUCACCGGAAGCAUCGACGAGGACGAGUACGCCUCUGUGCAACUGUCGGAUGGCUCCUUCCGCCUGUUCGCGUAUGAUGACGACGCCCGUCAGUUUAGUCCACUGGCGUUGCCUGCUGAACUCGAGGGAAAGCAUGGCGCCUGCAUCAACGUCUUCCGCGACAGAUACGGGUGCUUGACGCCGAUGACCGAGAUUGGGAGUGCUGUUCCGAACGGGAUCUCGACCAAGGGAUCCGCGAAAGACUCCGCCCCUGCCGCGACCAGCGCCAAGAAGCCAAAGUCGCAGCCGCAGGAUGACGCCGACGAGAUAGACUACGGCGACGACGACGACGACGACAUGGGCGAGGCGCACGCAGUGCAGUCUUCGAAGCCGGACGGUGAGGCUCGUACCUCCGGACCUGCGGCGAACCCCACGACAGACACGUCCUCCGCUACGCCCGCAAACGCGUAUCUGUUCGUGCUCGAUACCGAAGCCGUCUGCGAGAUCUACUCUUUGCCAGAUCUGAGGCUGCGGUGGAGGUCUUUCGGACUGCCGGCGCUCGCCGAUCGGCUCGACUUGGACGUCGAGCGGCCCUAUCGCCUGACACCGGAGCAGGCGGUGCCGGUCCUUGAAGCCCGGCUCUGCCAUCUUGAUGAUGUGGCGCACAUCGUCGUCGUCACCGGCAACAACCUCCUGCUGGCCUACGAGGCGAACCGCUACCACGACCGCGGACAGAGCUCGACGGCCAAAGUCGGCGAUGAAUCGGAUCUGCUCUCCCUUGGCUUCAACAAGGUCUUCUCCCGUGUCCUCUCGGCCUCGUCGCGGCCGACUCGCGACAGGUCGGCCUACGCCAAUGGCACCGGCCGCGGCAACCAGGACGGCCCCGCCUUGAAGCCUUUCGGCUGGCGGAGCGGCCAGCAGGAUGCAGUGGCGGUGCUCGGCGGCGGCAACACAUCUUCGACCAGCUGGCUCUGCAGCUCUCGCAAGGACGGCCUCCAGCUGGUCGACUGCGACGCCAGCUCCGCUCCGGACGACCUGUGCUGGCUCGGUCUGGACGGCGGCAACGACCACGCCGCUUGCGUCGACGGAUCAGUUUACAUCUCCGAGUUCGAUCGUGGCCGGAGCCUUGGAGGAGAUUGGACCUACCAGACCUUCGAGACAGGGAGAUCUUACACGAAGGUCGUCUCGCACGACGCCACGCGCUGCAUCGUGGCUGCGUCCGUCAACGAGCAGCAGUUUGUCCUGUAUGACGAGGACAACGAGCCGGUCACGAACCCCGCAGACGACAAGACGCCCACAUACUCGCAGCACGGCGCUUUGGAGCUCUUCACGGACGAGGACAAGAACGAGCCGGUCCAUGGGUGGGAGUUUGAGGCCAACGAGACGGUCGUCUGUCUCGAACUCGUCACACUCGAUUCGCCGAGCGUGCCGGGCGGGCGCAAGAAGUUUAUCGCGGCCGGCACGACCGUCUACCAAGGGGAAGACCGUGCGGCGAAGGGAUCGACCUAUUUGUUCGACAUCAUCGAGGUGGUGCCGGAUGCAGCCGAUCCCACCAGCCGCUUCCGGCUCAAGCUGCUGUGCAAGGACGACUCCAAGGCGCCCGUCACGGCCAUUGCCGACAUCAACGGCUUCAUCAUCUCGACCUCGGGGCAGAAGCUCUACGUCCGCGCACUGGAAAAGGAAGAGUGGCUCAUCUCGAUCGCCUUCAUGGACCUGGCCUUCUACGUGACGUCAAUCCGGGUGCUCAAAAACUUCAUUCUGCUCAGCGACAUGAAGAAGAGCCUGUGGUUCGUCGGUUUCCAGGAGGAUCCGUACAAGUUUGUCGUCCUGGGCAAGGAUCACGUCGAGCAGUACGCGACAACGGGCAACUUUGUCGUCAACCGGGACCGGCUCUCGCUCGUCUCGACGAGCGCGGCGGGGGGCGGUGCGCUGGGCGGCAAAGAGGGCGUGUACCGGAUGUUUGAGUACGCGCCCAUGGUGGCGAGCAGCAUGGGCGGGCAGAGGCUGCUGCUCAAGACCGAGUUCCAGUCGGCUGCGUCCGAGGCCGUGGCCAGCUACACGGUCAAGGGACGGUGGCUGUCGAGGCACGAGCGGCGCGGCGCCGAGUCGGUGCGCUCAAAGGUCAUCUAUGCGAUGAACAACGGCUCCAUCGAGACGCUGUGUGCCGUCGACGAGGCGGUUGUUAAGCGCCUGCAGCUGCUGCAGGGCCAGCUGGUGCGAACGGUGCGGCACUUUGCCGCGCUCAACCCGAGGGGAUUCCGAGCCGUGCGAAACGACUCUGUGUCGCGACCGCUGGUCAAAGGGAUCCUCGACGGCCGGCUGGUCUCGGUAUUCGCGUCGCUGCCGCGUCCCAAGAUGCUCGAGGCGGUCGGUACGCUGUCUGGCCUGUUCAAUGGGCUGGACGAGCCGCACGACGCCGAUGCAGAGGCUGGAGACGAGGGAAUGGGCGACGCAGAUGACGAAGAGGUCGAGCGCAGGCGGCAGGAGAGGGACGAGCAGCGAAGACGGAAGCGCGAGGCAAAGAGGGCGGACCUCAUCCUGCUCGACCUUGUCAAGCUGCGCGCUGGCUUCGAGAGCAUGUAG